AUGCAGGGCUCGUCGCAGAGCUCUGUGGCUCAGCCGGAAGCCAUAUUGCAAUGGCUUCAGAAGGAAAUGGGGUACCGGCCCUUGGGUCCGUACAGUGCUGCUAGCAAAUCUCAAUUGCCCUCAAUCGACUCGCUGAGGAAGAUUUGCCGGGGGAAUAUGAUACCCAUUUGGAAUUUCUUGAUUACCCGCGUGAAGUCGGAGAAUACGGUGAAGAAUAUUCGGAGGAAUAUAACGGUUCAUGGCGGCGAUAGUGGUGCAUUGGUAAAAUCGGGGAAGGAGGAGGGCUUAAGGAGUAAAGGAGGUAGGAGAAAGGAGAAGCUUGGGGAGGGUUCGAGUGCGGCAGAGACUAGGGAGGCUGCGCUGCAAGAGAGGGACUUGGCGUCAAGGGAAGUGGAGAAGUUGAGGAACAUUGUGAAGAGACAAAGGAAGGAUUUGAAGGCCAGAAUGUUGGAGGUUUCAAGGGCAGAGGCCGAACGGAAGAGGAUGCUUGAUGAACGCUCUAAAAAAAGGCAUAAGCAGGUAAUGUUGGAUGCUUACUAUCAACAGUGUGAUGAAGCGGAAAAGAUAUUUGCAGAGUAUCAUAAACGUCUUCGUUAUUAUGUUAAUCAAGCAAGGGAUGCUCAAAGGUCAGGUGUUGAUUCAUCUCUGGAAUUGGUUAACAGCUUUAGUUCAAGCAGUGAAAAGGAAGCUGUUUAUUCAACUCUUAAGGGCAGUAAAGCAGCAGAUGAUGUACUUCUUAUUGAAACCACUCGGGAAAGAAACAUCCGGAAGGCCUGUGAAUCUCUUGCAGCACAUAUGAUUGAAAAGAUUCGCAAUUCUUUUCCUGCAUAUGAAGGAAGUGGUGUUCAUUUGAAUCCUCAAUUAGAAACAGCCAAGUUAGGCUUUUAUUUUGAUGGGGAAUUACCUGAUGAGGUUAGAGCUGCGAUUGUGAAUGGGUUAAAGAGUCCUCCUCAAUUGCUUCAGGCAAUUACUUCAUACACAUCACGGUUGAAAUCUCUAAUUUCCAGAGAAAUAGAGAAAAUUGAUGUUAGAGCUGAUGCAGAAACUUUAAGGUACAAGUAUGAGAACAACCGAGUUAUCGAUGUUUCUUCUCCUGAUGUGAGUUCACCGUUACACUAUCAACUUUAUGGUAAUGGAAAGAUAGGAGUUGAUGCACCUUCUAGAGGAACUCAACUUCUUGAACGACAGAAAGCACAUGUUCAGCAAUUUUUGGCUACUGAAGAUGCACUGAACAAAGCUGCAGAAGCUAGGGAUCUGUGUCAAAAACUUAUAAAACGCUUGCAUGGAAAUAGUGACGCAGUUUCUUCAGGCACAUCACAGAAUGUGGGCAGUCUUAGGCAACUUGAGCUGGAGGUUUGGACCAAGGAAAGAGAAGUUGCUGGCUUGAGGGCUAGCUUGAAUACGCUGAUGUCUGAAAUACAACGCUUGAAUAAAUUAUGUGCAGAAAGGAAAGAAGCUGAAGAUUCAUUGAAAAAGAAGUGGAAAAAGAUUGAAGAAUUUGAUUCCCGCAGAUCGGAACUUGAAAUCAUAUACAGUGCUCUACUAAAAGUAAACAUGGAUGCUGCUGUGUUCUGGAAUCAGCAGCCAUUAGCCGCACGGGAGUAUGCAUCAACCACUAUUAUUCCAGCAUGCACAAUAGUUAUGGAUCUUUCAAAUAGUGCAAAAGAUCUUAUUGAAAGAGAAGUUUCUGUUUUUGAUCAAAGUCCUGAUAAUAGCCUCUACAUGCUUCCAGCAACUCCACAGGCACUACUGGAGUCCAUGGGUGCAAGUGGGUCUACUGGACCUGAAGCUGUUGCUGCUGCAGAAAAGAAUGCUGCUAUAUUAACUGCAAAAGCAGGUGCCAGGGAUCCAUCAGCAAUACCAUCCAUAUGUCGAAUAUCUGCUGCCCUUCAGUAUCCUGCUGGUUUGGAGGGUUCAGAUACUGCUUUAGCAUCAAUCCUAGAGUCCCUGGAGUUCUGCUUGAAACUUCGUGGUUCUGAGGCUAGUGUGUUGGAGGACUUAGCAAAGGCAAUCAAUUUGGUCCAUACACGGCAGGAUCUUGUUGAAAGUGGUCAUGUGUUGUUGAACCAUGCGUAUAGAGCUCAACAAGAAUAUGAAAGGACAACAAGUUAUUGUUUAAAUUUGGCUGCGGAGCAAGAGAAAACUGUCAUGGAGAAAUGGUUGCCCGAACUUAAGGUUGCAAUUUUGAGUGCUCAGAAAUGCUUGGAGGAUUGCAACCAUGUUAGGGGAUUGCUUGAUGAAUGGUGGGAGCAACCAGCAGCAACUGUUGUUGACUGGGUCCUAGUUGAUGGAUUAAAUGUUGCUGCUUGGCAUAAUCAUGUGAAGCAGCUCCUUGCAUUUUAUGAUCAAGAGCACUUGUGA